GAAUGAGUAGGGGGUGGGGGUUGUUAUUGCUUGCUCAUUCUGAGGUCUACUGCAUUUAGAAUACUGGAGGAAGCAGAGCAAGCGAAGAAGUUUGUCCUUUAAGAAAGUAGGGGGCUUGGAUUUGUGGACAGCGGCAAUCACAUAGCCCCCCCCCACCACCCCCCUUGCCUCCUAAUUUGGGAUUUGUUUGGAGGCCAGAGACUGGAGUGCAUCUGUGAGAGAUUGCCUUGCUGGGAAAUAGAAUACCGAGCUUUCAUAUUCACCCACAAAAUGUCUGAUUCCACUGUUAAUGCUCAUUUGGAGGGGAUCAUUUCAGACUUUGAAGCAUUGAAAAGGUCAUUCGAAGUAGAGGAGGUUGAUUCGCCCACAAAUCCUUCACUGCUUUCACGCCGAAACGUCAAUCCCCUUCGCUCCUCAGCCACAAGCCGUUUUCACGAACUGGGAUCCCGAAACUCCGAAAAUUCCUCCAGACAUGGCUCAGAGUCCUCAUCCAGUGGUCAGCGCUCUCCGAAGGGCAGUGGGCGGCGCAUGGAGCCUUCACGCCGCACUGAAAUCUCCAUCGACAUCUCCUCCAAACAGGUGGACAGCUUGCCCAGCCCUGGAAUGAACCGCUUUGGCCUGAGGCGGCCGGAGGUCUCGCUUCAUAACAGAAUUCCAGAGCCGAGCUCACCCAGGAGGGCAGAGAUCACCCUUUCACGAGCACAAGAACCGUUAGCUGCCUCUCGAAGAGCUGAUGUGACUUCCUCGGCUGUAAGAAUUCCUGAACCUAUUCCGAGGAAGGCUGAGUCUCCUAGCACAGCAGAGAGUUCGUCACUGCUAAGCAGACGGGUUGAGCCACUGGUUAACAGGCAGGUGGAGACUUCAUCUCCAUCCAGAACGUCUGAGAACAGCUUCUCUUCCGAGGCCAGCAUGACCCCCAGCUUCACUGAAUAUAAAACCCCACCAGCAGCUCAGGAGAAUUCCAGCCGAGCUACAGACAGGUCAGAGGUCAUUUCCAGCCACAGUUAUAAUAGCAGCAACAGCAGUAUGGCAGAGCCAGUAAUCCCUGAAAUGCCUCCAGAGAAGCCAAGUGUGGACUUCAGCUAUGUGGGUAUUGAUGCCAUCUUGGAACAGAUGAGGAGGAAGGCUAUGAAGCAGGGCUUUGAACUUAACAUCAUGGUAGUGGGUCAGAGUGGUUUGGGCAAGUCCACACUUAUGAACACCCUCUUCAAGUCCAAAGUAAGCCGAAAGUCAGUCAUGGGAACAGCUGAGGAACGCAUACCUAAAACGAUUGAGAUCAAGUCCAUCAGCCAUGACAUUGAAGAGAAAGGUGUAAGGAUGAAGCUGACUGUCAUAGACACACCAGGCUUUGGUGACCAGAUCAACAAUGAGAACUGUUGGCAGCCCAUAAUGAAGUUCAUUAACGAGCAGUAUGAGCAGUACCUACAAGAGGAGAUCAACAUUAACAGGAAGAAGAGGAUCCCUGACUCACGUGUUCACUGUUGCAUAUACUUUAUCCCACCCACAGGACAUUGUCUGAGGCCUUUGGAUGUGGAGUUUAUGAGACGUCUGAGUAAAGUGGUGAACAUUGUCCCAGUUAUCGCCAAGGCUGACACCUUGACCCUAGAAGAGAGGGACUUUUUCAAGAAGAAGAUCAGGGAAGAACUGAGGGCCAACAACAUAGACGUCUAUCCUCAGAAGGAGUUUGAUGAGGAUACAGAGGACAGGCUGAUCAAUGAGAAAAUAAGAGAGAUGAUUCCGUUUGCAGUGGUGGGGAGUGACCAAGAGUACCAGGUCAAUGGGAGGAGACUCUUAGGAAGGAAAACCAAAUGGGGAACCAUAGAAGUUGAGAAUAUCGCUCAUUGUGAGUUUGCCUACCUGCGGGAUCUCCUUAUCAGAACCCAUAUGCAGAAUAUUAAGGACAUCACCAGCAGCAUCCAUUACGAAAUGUACCGUGUGCGUCGCCUUAACGAGAACAACAUGCAGGCCAAUGGGCUCUCUGAGCACCACCCAGCCUCACAUGAGAUCUAGUGCCUUCAUUCCCUUUCUCUUUUAUCCCUCUCUCAAUUUCUCCACCCUACACUCCACCUGCCACCCCAUUCCAAUCUUACUUUUUCAGCCAGAGCCAGGAUCAGCAUGAAACUGAGUCAACUAUUUCCCCUGAGAAGGGCAUGUAAUAACUUUAUUCCCCACAAAGUCCAGCACACUACCUUCCCAAGGCUCCUGCCUGCCUCCUCUCACCCACAGACUGAAGAAGUCUUACACACACUCUCUCACACACACACACACACACACACACACAGCUCAAUGCUGCCUCCCUGAGUGCAUUCACAUGUCCUGUGUGUUUCACAUGUCCAGCUUAUGUUUCAGGUCUCUGACUAAACCGCAGAUUGAGUUCACAUGGGUCAAGAGAGCAAAUGCGGGGCUUGUAAAAUAUAUACACUUUUGCUUUGAUAUUACAAUCAACACUUCAUAUUAACAUUCUCUUUUUUUUUUUAUUGUUUUGUUGAUUUUAUUAUUUUUUAAUUUUUUUUUUUGCUCUGCUGCUUCAUCAAUAAUGUGAAAAUCCAGGCUCUAUGGCUUUCUAAAGCCAGUACUAGAGCAUCAAACCCUCGCCUUCAGUCCUUCAAGAGCCCACCUACUUUAUUGCACUUCUGAAAAGUUAAGAAAUGGCUCAAAUGCAGAUAUAUAUGCAUAUCUGUUCUUUUGCCUGAGUGUGUGGAUGUAUGUGUGUACCCACAUGUGACUGCUUUAUUAAACAGUAAUGUUAUCGGUAAUAAAGUAUAAAAGCCAGUGUUUGCUACAUGUAUUUUGCUACAAGUCCAAAAUUCUUUUUUUUUUUUUCUUUGCAUUUUUUUGGUGUAUGUGUCAUUACCAAAACUUGUAGUAACGAAAAGAGACACAUAAGUAACUGCAGUUUAAAAAUUAAGCGUAGUAUUCAGUUUAUAAAUUGCCUCACUGCCUCAGCUGAUGAAGGGGACCGUGUACUAGGCAUAAUGUUUUACUACAUCCAAUGCAUACAAACAGAACAAUGAAAGGAUUAACUAUCUCACUGUUACUGCAAGCAUUGCUAAUGACACAUAAACAAACACAAAAAGCAUUUUGAACUUGUACAAGUUGGUGGUAUAGUGAUUGCUAUUUUCAUUACUGACUGGAAAUAUUGGCUGUUAUUCAUUUUCACAUAGAACAUUAGUGUUUAAUAAAAUAGUCAUAAAACCCUAUUGAAAGAUCCAGCAUAAAUUUAGCUCCACUGACUUCUUAAACAUCUUCAAACCCUGUUGUUUGUACUGGAUGUGCAUGGCAGGGUGGUGAUGAUUGAAAGCAUGCUACAAUCUGAGAGUCCAUCACUUAUUAGUUUGAACAGAAUGUUGGAUAUUGGUGUUGCAGUUAAGGUUAGAUACAACUUCCCCUUGUGUAUAAUUAUACCAAGUUUAUACAGUUUUCUUCACUUAUAAAAUCACUGCAAUGUCAGUGACAGUGUGCCUUAUUAUAGCUCCUUUUCCUAUUUACCAUUUAAAGAAACCAUGACUGCAAACCAAAUGAAAAAUGACCCACAUUGUAAGUCCUUACAAAUGUCUCCAAACCUUUAAACUGCUUUUAAUUGGUGAAAUGUCAGUCUGCUUGUCUUGUGAUGUAUAUUCAUAGUAAUUGAUUUGUUUCUACUGGUAUUAAGAGUAACACAAAUAUCUUUGAUAUCAGCUAUUUUAAUGAAAUAAAGAUGGAAAAUGAAAUAUCA